GGUAUGUCUUCUAAUCAAAAGCAAGAAUUUUCAGGAGAGCAAGAAAUACAAUAUUUUUUGCAAAACUUGAAAAAGCAAAGAAAUCACCCAUGUCAUCGUUUAAAAGAGCUUUACAAUGAGAAAAGUGUAAAAAUUUUUAAUCCAUACCCAAAAUUUAUUUAUCCAAGCUUUUAUAAUCAAGAGACAAAUUACAGAUAUAAGGUAUGUGAAAGCAUUUUUAAUAAAACUACAAGAAUUCCUGAACUCCAGAAAAUUAAUAUUCGUGGGAAGAUCUACAAGUUAAAAAAGUAUGUAAAAUCAUUUAAAAAUUCCUCAUUUCUUUAUCAGAGCAGUGAUAAAUCCUCCAUAAGUAAAGAAUGUAAAAAAUAUUUUACUCAAAUUCUAUUUGUUACUAAAAACAAUAGGCUUUACAAUGGAGAUAAACCUUACAAAUUGAAGAAAUGUGAAAAUGUCUUUAAGUGUUGGUCAAACCUCUUUAAACACUACAGUAAUCAUACUGGAGAGAAAAUCUGGAAAUGUAAAAAAAGUGUCAAUGCUUUUAAUCAAAAAUCACACCUUACUGAACACCAGAAAAUUCAUACUGGAGAAAAGCCAUACAAAUGUAAUGCAUGUGAAAAAGCUUUUUAUCGAAGAUCACACCUUACUAGACACCAGAAAAUUCAUAGUGGAGAAAAGCCAUACAGAUGUAAAGCAUGUGAAAAAGCUUUUAAUCGAAAAUCACAACUUACUAGACACCAGAAAAUUCAUACUGGAGAAAAGCCAUACAAAUGUAAAGCAUGUGAAAAAGCUUUUAAUCGAAAAUCAAACCUGACUGAACACCAGAGACUUCAUACUGGAGAAAAGCCAUUCAAAUGUAAAGAAUGUGGCAAAGCUUUUAAUCAAAAAUCAAAACUUACUCAACACCAGAGACUUCAUACUGGAGAAAUGCCAUACAAAUGUAAAGAAUGUGGCAAAGCUUUUAAUACAAAAUCACACCUUACUGAACACCAGAGACUUCAUACAGGAGAAAAGCUACACAAAUGUGAAGAAUGUGGCAAAGCUUUUUAUCAAAGAUCACACCUUACUGAACACCAGAGACUUCAUACUGGAGAAAAGCCAUACAAAUGUAAAGAAUGUGGCAAAGCUUUUAAUCAAAAAUCACCACUUACUAGACACCAGAAAAUUCAUACUGGAGAAAAGCCAUACAAAUGCAAAGAAUGUGGCAAAGCUUUUAAUACAAAAUCAUGCCUUAUUCGACACCAGAAAAUUCAUACUGGAGAAAAGCCAUACAAAUGUAAAGAAUGUGACAAAGCUUUUAAUCAAAAAUCACACCUGACUGAACACCAGAGAAUUCAUACUGGAGAAAAGCCACACAAAUGUAAAGAAUGUGGCAAAGCUUUUAAUAAAAAAUCACACCUUACUGAACACCAGAGACUUCAUGCAGGAGAACAGCCAUACAAAUGUGAAAAAUGUGGGAAAGCUUUUUAUCAAAGAUCACACCUUACUAGACACCAGAAAAUUCAUAGUGGAGAAAAGCCAUACAGAUGUAAAGCAUGUGAAAAAGCUUUUAAUCAAAAAUCACAACUUACUAGACACCAGAAAAUUCAUACUGGAGAAAAGCCAUACAAAUGUAAAGCAUGUGAAAAAGCUUUUAAUCGAAAAUCAAACCUGACUGAACACCAGAGACUUCAUACUGGAGAAAAGCCAUUCAAAUGUAAAGAAUGUGGCAAAGCUUUUAAUCAAAAAUCAAAACUUACUCAACACCAGAGACUUCAUACUGGAGAAAUGCCAUACAAAUGUAAAGAAUGUGGCAAAGCUUUUAAUACAAAAUCACACCUUACUGAACACCAGAGACUUCAUACAGGAGAAAAGCCAUACAAAUGUAAAGAAUGUGGCAAAGCUUUUAAUCAAAAAUCACACCUUACUCAACACCAGAGACUUCAUACUGGAGAAAAGCCAUACAAAUGUAAAGAAUGUGAAAAAGCUUUUAAUCGAAAAUCACACCUGACUGAACACCAGAGAAUUCAUACUGGAGAAAAGCCAUACAAAUGUGAAAAAUGUGGGAAAGCUUUUUAUCAAAGAUCACACCUUACUACACACGAGAAAAUUCAUAGUGGAGAAAAGCCAUACAAAUGUAAAGCAUGUGAAAAAGCUUUUAAUAAAAAAUCACACCUGACUGAACACCAGAGACUUCAUACUGGAGAAAAGCCAUUCAAAUGUAAAGAAUGUGGCAACACUUUUAAUGAA